ACCCCGCGCAUGGAGCACCGCCAUCUUGGAUAAGGGGGGAUGGGGGCGCAGUCGAGCCGUCAGAACUGAGCCUGUGGGAGCCCCGGAGCGAGGCAGAGACCCAGCCCGAAGCAGAGCCGUACAGCGCCCAGAGGGGACCGGGCUGCCGCCGCCGCCGCCACCGAGAGAGCCAAGCUGCACAGCCACCAGCUCCCCGAGCCCAGAUCAUUAAUGAAGUGGCAAAAUUUGCAGAUAAUACAAAAUUAUUCAAGAUAAAGUCCAAAGCUGACUCCAGAAAGUUACAGGUGCCACAAUGGCAACUGCACCUUACAACUACUCCUACAUCUUUAAGUACAUCAUUAUUGGGGACAUGGGUGUAGGAAAGUCCUGCUUGCUUCACCAAUUCACAGAAAAGAAAUUUAUGGCUGACUGUCCCCACACAAUUGGGGUCGAAUUUGGUACAAGAAUAAUUGAAGUUAGUGGCCAAAAAAUUAAACUGCAGAUCUGGGACACAGCAGGACAAGAGCGAUUUAGGGCUGUAACACGAAGCUACUACAGAGGAGCAGCAGGAGCUCUCAUGGUCUAUGAUAUUACUAGAAGAAGCACAUAUAACCAUUUAAGCAGCUGGUUGACAGAUGCAAGGAACCUCACCAAUCCGAAUACUGUGAUAAUCCUCAUAGGAAAUAAAGCAGAUCUGGAAGCACAGAGAGAUGUUACAUAUGAAGAAGCCAAACAAUUUGCGGAAGAAAAUGGGUUGUUGUUCCUUGAAGCAAGUGCAAAAACAGGAGAGAAUGUUGAAGAUGCAUUCCUGGAGGCUGCCAAGAAAAUCUACCAGAAUAUCCAAGAUGGAAGCCUGGAUCUGAAUGCUGCAGAGUCAGGUGUACAACACAAACCUUCAGCUCCACAGGGGGGUCGACUAACCAGUGAACCCCAGCCCCAGAGAGAAGGCUGUGGCUGCUAGUGACCUCUCUUCCAUGGCUCCAUUUUUGACCUUUCACCUCUGUUGGAAGCAGUACUUUUGACUGCUUCAUUGUCUUCUGUACAUCUUACUGGGUUUAAUUAAACUCCGAGACAACAGUUUAACACAGUACUAAACUGCUAAACAACUUUAGAUGUAAUCAGGUUAUCAAAGGCAAGUAGAGUAAUAAAACCUCUCCUGCAUGGUAAAUCUAGAUUUUUUUUUCCAGUUGUCCUUGUGAUAGUGUCACCAAUACAUGAUUUAAACUGAGCACUGAUGCUGGACUCAUGAUUUUACAUUUUUGCAGGGCCUUUUCUUGUACGGUUUAAUUUUAUGGUUCUUCAGCCUUCCUUCCCCAUCUGUAACUGUUCUAAAUCUGUCCAUAGUAACUGAUGUUUAUUUGCUGUGAAAUAACUUGAUGGUAGAAAGUGGGCUCUAUAACAGUGUGCUUUUGUUGGAGGAAUUCCCUGUGGCGGGUGUGUAUGUUGGUGGGAUAACUUGUUGCAGGAGUAUACUGCUUGCUUCUGUCUUAGUCUAAAACAGGGAAAACAGUCCACUCUCUCUCUUCUUGUGCUCAGUGGCUUUACAUCAUUUUUUGCCAUUUUAUCCUUUACAUUUGUUAACAGAACGUAAAUAUGUAUAAAAUUUGAAGGAAUGGAGCUAACAGUUAAAUACAUUGUGUAUAUGAUUUUAAUGAAGAAAAUAAAUUGAUUACUGGCAUUAGAACAGUA